AUGCCCCCCCAGACAACCCUCCCCCACCAACUCCCAACACUCCCCUCCAACCCAAACGCCCUCACCACCGCCACAGCCACCGCCCCCAACACACUCACACCCCCCAACACCUUGACCACCACCGUGCCCCUCCUCCUUACCUCGUCUCCAAACCCGCACAACCCCAACGGAUCCCGCGAGUCCAAGCCCGUCGCAGCAACAGCAGCAGCCAUCCGAUACCGAGGCGCAGCCUUGGCCCCUACACCACCACCACCACCACCAACACCAUCAGCUAGUUUCUCAUCAUCCGCAUGCCGCACAACCGCCCAAUCAGCCCUGGGCGGCCCGCCAGUCGGCGCCCCAAUAGUACCACGCUCGACCUCCUCGCCCACACGCUCGAGCAGCCAUUUGGCGCGGUCUUGGCGCUGCAAGUCGUCGAAGCGGUCGCGUUCGUUGCGCAGACUGCGUUGCAGGUCCGUGGCCCAUUUGGCGAUGCGGACUUCGGACAGAGGGAGCUCGGUCUGGGCAGCCUGGUUGUAG